UGUCCUGCGGGCUUCUCCGUUACUUCUGUUCUCAGAUCCGCCCCGGCCGGCGCGCGUCCCCGACGAAUCAUGGCGACGAAGGCCGUGUGCGUGCUGAAGGGCGACGGCUCGGUGCAGGGCACCGUCCACUUCGAGCAGAAGGCAAAUGGGCCAGUUGUGGUACGGGGACGCAUUACGGGAUUGACUGAAGGCCUGCAUGGAUUCCAUGUCCAUCAGUUUGGAGAUAACACUCAAGGCUGUACCAGUGCAGGUCCUCACUUUAAUCCUCUAUCCAAAAAACAUGGUGGGCCACUGGAUCAGGAGAGGCAUGUUGGAGACCUGGGCAAUGUGACUGCUAACAAAGAUGGCGUGGCUGAUGUGUCCAUUGAAGAUUCUCUGAUCUCACUCUCAGGAGAGCAUUCCAUCAUUGGCCGUACAAUGGUGGUCCAUGAAAAGGAGGAUGACUUGGGCAAAGGUGGAAAUGAUGAAAGUACAAAGACAGGAAAUGCUGGAAGUCGUUUGGCUUGUGGAGUAAUUGGGAUCACCCAGUAAACAUUCCCUACCAUGUGGUGUCUGAGUCAUAGUAAUUCAUCUGUUAUU